AUGCCGAACGUGCACAAGGCCUCAAGGCAAGCGCUCUUCGAGCGAUUCUAUCGAAUAACGUCUAAUGUGCGCAAGACCUCCAGGCAAGUGUUUUCCGAACGGUUGUCUCGUACAAUGCCGAACGUGCACAAGGCCUCAAGGCAAGGGCUGUUCGAGCGAUUCUAUCGAAUGACGUCUAACGUGCGCAAGACCUCCAGGCAAGUGUUUUCCGAACGGUUGUCUCGUACAAUGCCGAACGUGCACAAGGCUUCAAGGCAAGCGCUCUUCGAGCGAUUCUAUCGAAUGACGUCUAACGUGCGCAAGACCUCCAGGCAAGUGUUUUCCGAACGAUUGUCUCGUACAAUGCCGAACGUGCACAAGGCCUCAAGGCAAGCGCUCUUCGAGCGAUUCUAUCGAAUAACGUCUAAU